GCGCUCACCGUCUCUGCCAUGGACAUUUGCUGCAACCCAAACGAAGUGGAAGCCAAAUCAGCCGAGCGACAAGCCAACAAAAACGAAAAGGAAAUUAUCGAUCGAAGAGUGAAAAAGUCAUUCGACGCCUGAUUUGCUUUGGCAAAGAGGGCACACAAAUAAUUUUUUCGCAAAAAUCAUUUAAAUACUUCAAUUAUUCCACAAAAUCGCUGCGCAAAAUUUUAAUUAUCGCAAAUACAACGAUACAAGUGUGUGCUAAUAUAGCGGGUGUGCUGUAUUUGUGAGUGUUGAAAGUAUAAAAAAAUUGAUUGAAUUACGGAAUCUGGUAUUCAGCAAAAGACUUGGCCCGCACACACACACACCAGCAAGGAUAAGCCCAUAAUAUUAAUAGACACAUAGAGCGUAGAGGAGCAACGUUAAAGCAUCAUGGCAGACAGCGAAUUCGAGGAGUUCCACAGGCCCAUCUUUGAGCCACAUCAGAUACAAACUUAUAUGAGCCCUGGCCAAAAGAAAAAUAACGCCCAUACAUUCUAUUCCUUAAUACCGAAUGACGACCUCGAGGAUUCUCCAUCUUCGAAGAGUGAUGCCUCUGAUCAGGAAGAUGCCGGCGGUGGAGAUCUUUGCUGUGAAACAACAAAACUGCAGCGUCAAGUAGAGGAUGAUGAAAUCGGUGACGGUCUUAAGGUGGUAUCGCUCUCUUCGGAUGGCUCGUUGGACACAAAUGACUCCUUCAAUUCACAUCGUCAUCAUCCGUUGAAUCAUCAGGAUGCAAUUGGUGGCCUGGUUGGCAUUGGUACAGGUGCUGGCACGGGCAAUACAACCGGCACUGAUUGCGUAGUCGGUUCGCAAUUAUUACUUUCUCCCAAUACAGCUGCUGCAAUUGGUGCGACCCAGCAGCAACAACGACGUCGACGAAAAUUACCGGAAAUACCAAAGAAUAAGAAAUCUUCCAUUCUACAUCUUUUAGGUGGUGGAUAUGGGCAGACUACAUUGGCUGACGAAAUGAAUAAUGGGCGCAAUCAAUCGAACGACAACAAUAACGCCAUCACAGGCAAUACUGUUAACGGCAAUUUGAACGGUUUAAAUGGUGGCACCACAGUACGAAAUAAUCAACGCUCAUUUUUGACACUGAAAUGUGGUUAUCUACUAGAUGAGGACUCCAGUCCAGAUUCCGAACGUUUACAGAGUUUGGGCGAUGUGGAUAGUGGCCACAGUACAGCACAUUCCCCAAAUGAUUUCAAAAGUAUGUCACCACAAAUCACUUCCCCCGUUUCACAAUCACCAUUUCCUCAGCCAUUCGGUGGUGUGCCCUUCUCCCAACUGGAAAUGCUUGAAGCUACACAUCGUGGCUUACACAAGUUUAUACCUCGUCAUCAUGAUGAAAUCGAAAUUGAAAUUGGCGAUGCUAUUUACGUACAAAAAGAGGCUGACGAUCUCUGGUGUGAGGGUGUAAAUCUGCGCACUGGUCGACAGGGUAUUUUUCCCUCAGCCUAUGCGGUUGAUUUGGAUUACAAUGAGUUCGAUCCGACGGUGCAACAGGUGAAGAAGGAGCGUUAUUUACUCGGUUACUUGGGUUCGGUAGAGACAUUAGCUCACAAGGGAACCGGUGUUGUGUGCCAAGCAGUGCGUAAGAUUGUUGGUGAAUAUGGCAACUCACCAGCCGGUCAAGUGUGCAUACUGGAGGUGUCGGAUCAGGGUUUGCGCAUGGUAGACCGUUCGGGACCAAAUAAGAAGGACAAGAAACCCUGCAUCGAUUACUUCUACUCACUAAAGAAUGUCUCAUUCUGUGCAUUUCAUCCACGUGAUCAUCGCUUUAUUGGCUUCAUAACGAAGCAUCCAACGGUGCAACGUUUCGCAUGUCAUGUCUUCAAGGGCUCUGAGUCGACACGCCCCGUAGCCGAAGCCGUGGGUCGAGCAUUUCAACGUUUCUAUCAGAAAUUCAUAGAAACAGCAUAUCCGAUUGAAGAUAUAUACAUAGAGUAAGCUGUAAGCUAUUCGUAUUGACUGGUUCAUAAAAUGGAUGCGCUGUGCUACUAUUGCAUAGAAAUUGCUAGUGCUGGUUUGUGGUUUACGCUUAUUUUCCCCCAAACACACGUUAACACAAAUAAAAAAAAAAUAAAAAUGUUGUCUUCAACAAGUGUGAAGUGAGUACUUUUAGCGGGUGAUAUGUACUCUCAAGCUCGUGUUUAUUUAAAGAAAAUAAUUAAAUUAUAUAAAAAAUGAAGUGAAACAAAAAAUAUAUAAAGUUUCAAAUUAUUCCAAAUUAAUUGAGCAACAACAAUUACUUAGGAGAAUAAUUAGUAAUAGUCGUUUAGUUAUCAUAGUCAGAAGUAUUCGUGAAAACACAAUUCGCCCGUUCUAUUGAUCCAAAUAGUUUUUUAGAUUUGUAGUUGAAGAAGUAGGCUUAUUCGAAAAUUUCAAGUCAAAGCAUGGAUGAUAAACUUGGACGAAAUAUUUACAUCAAUUUAAUAUUUUUUUUACAAGAUUAUUAUUCAUAUUUUAAUGUUUUUAAUUUUUCUAAUUUUCUAAUUUUUGUGAAUUUUGUGUCAAAACGUCAAAUCGAUUAGAGCAAAAUUGACGAAGUCAUGAGUAUUUUCAUACCUGACUUAUAAACGUUUAACAUCUGAUUUCAAAAUUUUGGGGCGUUUUCAUCCAAACUCACGUUUUCAAAAUGAUACCCUUUAUAAAUUGUUCCAACGCACUGCACUUUUUCCGGAGGGUUAUUUUCAAAUUUAAAAAAAAAAUUAUUUUACAAUAAUAAAUUUGCGUGAUAUUUUCGCUAAAAGCCAAAAAUUACAUUUGGAAAAACCGUCUCGGAGUUACCUAGGAAAACAAUUUAUUAACGAAUGAUAAUUUCUAAUGAUCUAUCAGCAAGUCAACGAAGUUUUGAGGAACACCGCAAACUUACCUUUUCCAAUGGCGCUCCAGAGUAAUGGCUUCCAUUUUCGUAUUUUUAACUGCUUUAUAAAAAACUAAUUAAAAUGAGUCUUGUUUUACAAAAAUUUAAUAAAUUAUACUAUUUCAUAUAAUUCAUUACUUUUUCACAUUUUUCUCUUUUCUCUGGAAAGUAAAGAGUAAGGUUCUCUUCGAGCGAAUAUAACAAAAAUUCGAACAAUUUUUAAUAAGGUAUUUGAUGUUCAUUUUAAAAAAUUUGUAGGAAUUUAAAAGCUUUUAGAAAAUGAAAUUAUAAUGUUGAAGAAUAUUUGAAUAAAAUAAGAAAAAAAAAAACAAAUAAUAAUGAGAAGCUGAAGCUGGAGCUGGAGCAGAGUUAUAAUUGCAGUUUGAGUUCUAAUAAUUAUUCAAUAAGUUUGUUAUAAUCAACGGUCUACAAAUUUUUCCUCAUUUUAUUUAUAAAAAAUGGAUUCAUUGUCAACGUUUGAUUCAGUAGUGAAUGGAAAGCAGAAAACUAUAUAUACAACUCAAAAAUAAACUUUCAGAAUUUAUCAUUAUAAUGGUAUAUAAUAAGAUGAAAAAAAAUAUUAUGUUCUAAUUUAUCCCCCUCGCAAUCAUUACCGUCCGUGGUUAUGUUAAAAACUCAUUAGCUCAUUUCAUUAAUCAUUAAAGAAAUAUUAUAUAUUAUUAAUUGUACAUUUCUUAAACUUUAAACUAAUUUAUAAUAAAUAAGCAAGUAAAUAUUAAUAUGUGUGCUAAUAUAUGUUUAUAAGUUCUUACUGACUAUGAUUAGUUGUAAGCUUUCAAUUUCUACUUAAGAUGAUAGUUUAAUAUCGGUUAAUAAAUAUUUUUGCAAUAUAAAUACAUGCAUACAUGAAAAUCAAAAUCGUUUUUUAUAACAAAUAUAGUUUUUCAAAAACAUUUCUUUCUUGUUUCUGAAAAUAAAAAAUUUGAAAAUAAGAAGAAUGCUCAUUUAUUUCACCAAAAAGAACCCAUUAAAUUUUUUUUAUAAUUUUCGAUAACAAAUAAGAGUGUAAAUAGUAUAGAAAAUGUGAGAGAAAUAAGUUGUAGGAAUAUGUCGGAAUGCGCGCUUUAGAAAUGAGUGAUAUGUAAAAGAUGUUGAAAAAUCAUUUAAAUAUAUUUAAUGUUUAAGAAAGGAACAGUGGAGCGACCUUGUGAGAAAAGCAUGUCUAAAACUAUUUUUUUAAGCAAACUCAAAACAGAUAAUGAAUUGUUGAUUUUUUCGAAAAGUACAUUAUUCUAAAAUAAACUACACGCAUUUUCAAAAACUCAAUUAACACCAAACAAUAGCAAUCAAAAGUUUUCGAAGAGCUAGUACUAUUAAAACACAAACAAAAGCAUACAUGUCAAUACAUAAAAAAAGAAAAAAUCAAAAACAAAAAAAAAUAUGUUUAUAUAUGCAUAUAAAAUAAUUACAGCUAUAACAGAUUAAAUAAAAAAAAUACAAUUAAGUUAUAAAAAUUCAAAAAAAUUUCAUUACACAAAUAGCAAUAUGAAAUGCAAAAAUUCAGUUCUAUAAUUUUUUAAAUUUUUUGUGAAUUUUCAAAAACAUUUUUCAAGGUAGGGCACCUUCAUGAGUUCUUCUUCUUUCAUUCCACACCAUUUAUAUAUGCUUAAGUUUUUUACUCUCUAUUUAAAUAUACUACUCUUUUAGUGUCACUAGAAUUCUAAAUUUUUUUCUAAAUUAAAAAUCUUUCCAUCAACGCAUUUAUUUUAGCAAAUACGUAUGUAGCUCAACUUGAUUUCCUUGCUAUCAAAUGCACAAACACGUACACACAAAAAGCAUAUGAAUCUAAAGCUCACCAGAAUUGUUGGCGACUUCAAAACAAAUAAAGAAUAGCUUUCGAAAGAUUUGAAGAUUGUAAGUCAAAUUUGUUGAUAUUUGUAGAAAGAAAAGGCGAUUUAAUUAAAUCAACUAAAUAAAACAAAACAAAAAAACAAUUAUAUGCAAUUACAUACAAACAUAAAUGCAUAUUUUUAAUUGAGUCAAUAAACGAAAAUUUCUUCUGUGAAAAACAAUAAAGAACAAAAACACACACACAUACAUAUAUACAUAUUUACUAUCAUACAUACAGUACUUACGCGUAUGUUACACUCACAAUUUCGAUAAAUAGAAAUCAGUUACAUGCAUAAGAAUUAUUACAUAAACUACUAAUAAAUAUAUACAUACAUAUAUACAAUAUACAAAUAUAUAUUGUAAAACAUAAAGAAAAAGAAAAAUGAGAAUAAUAUUUAAAUAAAUGUAUAUACUACGUACAUAUACAAUUAUGAA